AUGUGAUCCGCACGCUCGGUCACAACAAAGAUGGCGGCGUUGAGGAGUUGUGGAGCGUUUUGUUUUUAUUUACUUUUCCUGCUUUUAGUUUCGAGUGAAAGUCAAAGUGUUUUCAGAGGAGAGUCUUUCAGGAGGAAGCUGUCGGUGGAGUUGAACCCCGGCCGGCCGGCUCCCCCGCCCCCUGGUGGCGACCUGCUGCAUGUGAGAGCCGUGGGACUCAACGACACGCUGCACUUCCUGUUCUGCAGCCAGGGGGCGCCAACGCUGCUGCUCGUCCACACCAACUCUUCUUCUUCUACUGUGGAGGUCGACUGGCCUCAGUUUUUGAUGCGAAAUGUCAGCGGCAGCCUGAGGGUGGAGCCAGAGAGCAGCAUCCUUCAGAGCAACGCCAUCGUGUUCAGCAGGGUCAGUCCACCUUUAAUCUGCU